UUUUAAAAAAGCAUCUAAGAAUGAGUGCAACUUUUUGUAUGUUUCCAAUCAAAGAAAAGAAAAUAAAAAAUCUUUAGAGCGGAGGUGUUUGGGGUUUGAAAUUUGAAAGUGGCCGGACGCUAUAAACUCGACCGUUGGAGCUGAAGUAAAAGUUACAGUUCCGUCACACAAAUUGAAGGGACCGCCAAAAAAACACGGUGGCAGUACGACGACGGUGGGUCCCCUCGCGAGAUCACAACGGCCCAUGUGCAUUUGGGUGACAGAAUGUCAUUUUAUUUUUUCCCUUCCGCACCACUUCCCCAUCUCUCUUUCCUACUGCUGCAGCAAAGAAGAAACAAACGCCAUGGGAAGGCUCAGAGCAAAAUGUGACUACGAAGACAUCAGAAAUGCUCGCAUUUUGGAGAAUCAGGAGCGAUUGGCGUCGCUAGGGUUGAAGAAGACCGUAUCUGAACUUCGUUCCAUCCUUUCCUCUGCAAAAUCUCCGAAGAUCCAACCGAGCAAAUGUCGCCAGGCGAUCUCCAGAAUCUCCCUUCCUCUUCGUCGCUCCGAUCGCCUGAAGCGAAUUACGCCCGAAACCACUCCCCUACGUUGCCAGAUUUCUUACCGGAGAUCCGACCGCUUAAAGGGGAAACUAAUGCUUGAUAAUCCGAACUCCGAUUUUAAAGAAGUAGGAGAAAUUGGAGUAAGGGAAGAGACGAAGAAGAGGCCUGCGAAUGCCCCUUUGGUGGACAGUGUCGAAUCGAAACAUCGACUUUCGCCGGACGCUUCGGCAAGGACGUGCAAUAGCAAGGGACGGGGCAGUGUUUAUGAUCCUGUUUUUGGAAUCUGCUGCCAUUUCUGCAGGCAGAAGAAACUCUGUGGAGAAGAAGAUUGCAAGAGAUGUGGUGAUUUCGAUAUGGAUGAACCCUGCAUCGGAAAGACUGAUUGCUCUGUUUGUCAUUCCUCCAAUGGCGUCUUUUGCCGAGCUUGUCUGAAGGUCAGAUAUGGCGAAGAAAUAGAAGAAGUGAUAGAGAACAAGAAAUGGAUGUGCCCUCAUUGCGUGGAGGAGAAAGGAAUUGACCCUUAUUGGAUAUGCAACAGUUCAUUGUGUUUGAAGAAGCGCAAGAUGGCUCCAACAGGGCCCGCCAUUUACAGAGCUCGGGAAAUGGGAUACCAAUCCGUUGCACAUCUGUUGAUGGAUGAACUCAAGCGAGCAGAUUUAUGCAAGAGAUAAGCCUUCGUUCUCUUUUUGCUUCUGAUGCUGAACUCUGACUUUGAAUCUCUGUAUCAUAUAUCUCACAAAUUUCAGUAUUUAAUUGGUAAAAUUUCCCAACUUUCAAUUCAACCCCAUCUCUAAAAUCAUAUAUAAAAUAAUGAAAAGGUCCUAUAAUUACAUAAAUAUUUCAGGACACUCGUAAAAGUAGGGGAGACAAAACUAAUAGCUAUUUGCAGAGAUCCAAUUUUUCCUGAUAUCCUCUCAAUAACGCUCGGCCACGGUUGCUUUCUUCGUUUUAUGUUUGAACUGCUUACAAAUAUAUGUGUGUUGAUAUAGCAUUGAUAUAUCUUAUUAAAUUAUUGAUAUAUUUGUGUGUUGAUAUAAUAUUAGUAUACCUUAUUAAAAUGCAAUCGGUUUGAACGUGAAAAACAGCAAGAAAGUGGCUCUUCUGUGUGAUCUCUAUGUAAUGGGCUGAGUGUUAUUUAAGGGUAAAUUUAAUUAUUUA